UGCCAUGAUUGGAUCCUCCUGUCAUGCACUGUCAUGUUCACGUCGAUUAAUUGUUUUGUGAUGCGUGAAAAUUUGUGAGUGUCCUACCCGUCGAUCCAAAUUCACGUUUUGCUUCUUGUUGAGUGCCUCUUCACGUAUUCAGUCAUGGACGAUAUGAAAAACCUAUUCGAAGGCAAAUACCACAAAAGUGGACACUACGACCACAGACAUGGAUAUUCCACGACAGACAAGUACCAUCGUUACGCUUACAGAGAACCAAAAUUCGACCCGCCUCAAUAUUGCAGCAGAUAUGAAAAGGAAACGUACCACAUAAGUCAGUCUACCCUGUGCCUGCCUCAUCACGGCAAGAACCCCAGCAAAUCCACCCUAUGCAUGCCCUAUCACCAGCAUAAAACUCCCAGUAAAUCGUCUCUAUGCUCCCCCAAGAAAUACACAAAACCAGUGAUAGAUUCCGACGUUGCCAGCCUGCCCUACUACAUAGUACCAGUUCUGUACGUGCCUCACAAGCCUCUUUACGAUGCCAAACAAAUGGUGGAGCCGCACGCGUACAAAGCUUACCACUGCAAGUCCAAGAGUCAGCUGCAGAAGGAAGCGAAACGUGCUCCAAAGUUGUCCGACUCCAAGUCCUUGCUGAACCUUUACAAAAACAAGCGCCAGAAGAACAGUUACGAUCGUCCUCACGUCCCUAAGCCUGACAAGUACUCGUUCGAAUAUUACGACGAAUACUUCCGAAGAUACGUGGAAGAGAAGAAGUCCUCGUCCGACAUCAGCUUCUGCACCGAAAAAUCCUACUGUCGUCUACCUUUAACCCCCAAGCUGUCAUCCAAAUUCACGGAAGAGACCUCCGGGUUGGCCUCGGAGAGGAGGAAGUCCAUCUCCAAGGAUUUCCCGGAGCUGUUCGGCCUGCACACGUCCAAAACCACGGAUUUCGCUUUGGACCGGCGCAACGUGCACGAAGAACCCACCUGGGAUUCCCCCAGAACCACAGACGCUUUCAUAGAGACCGAGAUAGCGGUGAAAAGUUGCAUUUCGGCCCAAACUUCUUUCGAGAACUUCAAUUGGCGCAAGGAGGCGCGUUUGGUAGGGACGGAGACGCAGGGAACGCAGACCUUCCUGAAGGACAUAAAGAAAAACGUCCUGUUGAUGCCGAAGAGGGAGAUCAGCAGGGGGGAGUCUAUACCAGAAGAGGUGCCGAAGAGUAUCUACGAGGGGAAGGUGUUAAAUCCGCAGUUUAGUGAGGGACAGUUGAACAAAAGGAACAGGAAAUCAUUCGGUUUCAACAGAAGCUCUCCAAGAUUCGCAGUUAGUAGACUGACAAAAUCCGCCGUUUCGAGUUCUUACAGUCCCGGAAAGAAGAGUUCUAGAAAAAGUAUGGAUUCAGAAAAAACCAGCAUAGCUUGAACAAUGCUGUUUCGUAGUGAAGUCAUCAAUCAUGUUGUUAUGUCUUACGCAUCUCAUUAAAUUGUGUACCCGUGUUGA